GCAUGUCAAAGUUUGCAUUUUCAUGACGCAGCAUCAGCGGCAGCGUGGAUGGAUUAAAGGUAUGAGCAGGAUGCCUUAAGCUCGCCACCCCGUGCCAUGUACUGGUAAAGCCAUAGUAUACUGAGAGUCACUACAUGGAUUGAUACAUUUGGAGCGGAUACAUACAACAUGGGAGACCUGGAGUGUGGCUUUGAGGAAAUGCAAGGCGUGAGAUUGGGGUACCUGCUCAUCAGAGGCAAGCAAAUGUUUGCUUUGUCUCAGGUCUUCACCGACCUGCUGAAGAACAUCCCUCGGACCACGGUGCACAAGCGCAUGGACCACCUGAAGGUGAAGAAGCACCACUGUGACCUGGAGGAGCUGCGGAGGCUCAAAGCAAUAAACUCUAUAGCGUUCCACGCCGCUAAAUGCACUCUGAUAUCGCGGGAGGACGUGGAGGCUCUGUAUUUCUCCUGCAAGACGGAGCGGGUGUUGAAGUCCAACAAAAGGAAAGCGAAAGCUGCGUGUUCCCCCGGGGACGCGGAGGCAACCCCGGGACUCCUCCGUGCCGACGCCGAACUGUGGAAAGAAAAAGUUUGGUUUAGUUUGCACGGCGUCCCAGAGACCCUCACGCUCCACGACAAAACGGGCAGGAGGAGGGAGCUGCCGCCUUGCCUUGCCGACUCCAAACUACCUCAAUUUUACAACAAAACCCACGGACGGGAGUACCGUUCGGUGACCAAGUCCGGUCACAAACACUUUAAAAACUAUGAAACAGCAAAAAUAGCAGGGAACCGUGUGACUCUGAGCCAAAGGCAGUCUUUUUUCCGUAGCACGGUGAGCCGGCAGCCGGCGGCGCAUCAGUCCGCCAUAGCUGCUCAGUCCAGGCUUUCGCGCUCAGCCGGCGACCUACUUCACAAAAGGAAGAGGAGGCGCGAGGGGGGCGGCGGCAGGGACAGCGCGAGGCACUCGUGGAGCAGGAGCAGACACGCGCACCACGUACCGCCGGGGCUGCUCGUACAAACCAAAUCGUCCGGAAGUCAGGGGACCUCUUUCGGUGCUCUCCACCUCGGUCCGGAUUUCUACCUUGACCCCAGACCUCACCAUCACCACCACCACCACCAUCACCACCACCACCACCACGAGCCGAGUUUCCCGGAGAGCUGCAGCAGCGAUACCGAGUCCAGCACCUACUCGGACCGGGCGUACCCGGACUCGGACUUCGGCUCGGGCCUCUCCACCACCAGCAGCAACUCCGGGAGCUCCGAGGAGGAAGAGGGGGGCGAGGAUGAAGAUGACACGCAGUCAGAGAGUUCAGAGGUCAGCUCGGACGAGGAGGAGAGCUCCUCUCAAUCCGACUCGAGCUCCGUGUCGAGCCGCGUGUCGGUCCAGAGCAUUCGGUUCAGACGGGCCAGGGUCGGUUCUCUCGCCAAAAGCCUCAACCCCAGCAAAGCACCUUUAGUCCUGGAGCCCACGUUUCACUACAACAACCAGCAUCGACAUGAGAAACAGCACAGGACCCUGGGCCAUGUAGCCGCUGCACAGACAGGGGACAGCAGACAGCAGAAACGUCACAAAUGUGAGUUUAUACGCGGCGAAAGUAGACAGGACUUUGUGCCCUUACAGCCACCCAAAUUUAACUCGACUGUUAUGGGGGAGAGCUUCUUCACCGAGUCCAAACGGGAGAAGGCGUUUGAGGCAGAUCCAAACAGGGCUGGCCACGUGGACGAGCUGGCCCCUUAUUCACGGGGACCCGCCCGGUAUAAGGCUUUUAACCCCUCGUGCAGGACACCGGGGCAUCCCACCAAGUGCCCGCCGGGACUGAGCGCACAGUGUGACCGGGUCAAAGACGCCAAGAUAUACAGAUGUGGCGACAAAAGGGAGGCGAAAACCGGCAGCCUAAAUCUGCCCGCUUCGCUGAAAAAAAUAAAGACCGAGCCAGAGGAGCUCUCUGUGACCGCCCCCCACCAUCCGGACAGCGGCGGGACAGCCGGGACACCGCCCUUCAACCUCCACAAUGUUAAAGUUAAAGUGGAGGAAAGCUGUGAUGAAUAUGAAUACCAGAGCCAGGCUACUGUAGUCAAAUGCAAAGGAGAUAAGGCGGAGAGCACCAGCGGCCAGUAUCCCAUCAAACACGGGGACUUUUUCAGCAGUGGGAUUAAAGCCACAGAGAAGAGCCCCGAUGUGGCCCCCAGGUCUCCGUGCGGUCCUCAGGAAUACGGGAGCACCCAGGACACCCUGCGUAUCGUGGAAGCGGAGCAUAGGAACAAAAACUGCAGGGUCACGGUGCUCGGGAAUAAAAAACCUCGAGUUUCCAGGACGCAAUCAAAACUAAACAUGCCCAUAGUCAACAAGACUGUAUUUUCCUCUUCUUCCUCCUCCUCUUCUUCUUCUCCUUCUUCGUCCUCUUCUCGUCCCUCGGGCAGCGAAGAGGUAUCCACGAAGGAUUUACCAAGCAGACGCAAACGCAGCAACGCGAGCACCGCAGCGUCGCCUGCGAAAACGCCUUUCAGCCUGAUCGCGAAUUUCCCUUCCCCGCCGUCGCUGGUCGUCGGCAGCGACGGGGAUCUGUGCCCUGCUUACUCCCUGAACUCGCUGAGGGGCCCCGGGCCUCCCCCUCCGUCCCACCCCGUGUGGAGGUGGCAGCCAGGCGGCCAGAUUCUCCCUCCCCCACUCGCUCAGAGGACUAGGAAAUACUGAGCUGGUUUUUAAAGCAAAAAAGAAACAAAACAAAAACAAAAGCCCCCACCGUAACCACCUCCAACCUAAUCGUAGUCUUAACGAGAGCUCACCAAAUUGCUCGCAACUUUAUCGGGGUUUGCUAUUUUUUUUUUUUCUGUGAAUGGGUUUUUACAUUCCGCUUUGUUUUUUAAGUUUUGAUCGAGAAAAAACACACAGGAUCCCUUUUGGAGCAUCAGAAAUCGCCCACUGGACUGCGAGACACCGCUCGUGGAUUUAUGCUUAAAAAAACGUGUGUUUUGAAAUAAGCUAUCAAUCCUAAGCAAUACGUUAGGUUCUCGUUGUUGCGUUUACGUGACUCUUUUCUGAUUCUGUCUUCUCCGCUUUUCUAUGCUCGACCUGUUGGAUUGUAUGGUGCCAGGGUUUCAGUGGGUUGUGCUUUGUCUGAAAGUGGAAAGAGGUUAAAAUAAAUAAAUAACCUACAGUACUGUGGCUACCUUUAAUCUAGCUGGGACUGGGAAAAAGUUUGACUUGGCAAAUCAAAAAAAAAAAAAUCAGGGUUUCCCAUUCUGUGCCACCUGGUAUAUUUUAUAUAUCAAAUCUGUUUUCUUUCCUCACAAUGGCCCAUGUGUCCAAGUGUUCAAUUUCAGAGAGUGAUUAAAAAUUGGUUUAAUGCUGUUAUUUUUUUUUAAAAUCUAUACAUACUCACAGUUAAGCCUUUAUUAGAUUUUACAGGAACCUAUUCCUGGUGGUUGUGUUUUUUCCCCUUUUUUUCUUGUGAUUUGGUUUUUUUUUAAGUCUUGUUUUUAUUUCUGCCGAGUAUUUCCUGGUUUGCAUUUGUGUUACUGUGUACAGACGCAGGCCUAUACACACCACAGGCCUUAUGUACAGACAAUCAAAAAGAAUAAGGCUCAGCCCUUUAUAGCACGCUAGACUCCA